CAUGGGUCAAAGGUCACUUUUCUGCCUGCGAGCUUGAUCUCGGACAGUUUGACCUCCUUGUUUGGUCAGCAUAACGCUGUACACAAAACACACCUCUCGUGAUAAUCAUAGUAAAGUUUAAAAAGUAACCAGUGACUUGGACUUGCAACACCUAACAGUCGGCGCCCGUGACCGAGAUGGCCCGGAGUUUGUCAGGUUCAGAACUCAGACAGCUGGUGGACUCACUGGUGCUGGACUGUGAUGACAUGGCGUCUCAUUCUAAAGCAAUGUUGUACUGCACUGCUCAGCAUUACCUGGAUGGUAAAAUCCCCUGGGAGAUGACAUUUGAAGUGGACAGGUGGCCAGACUACACCGCCGUCCUGUGGACUCCUAAAGACAAUGAUGCCUCUGUGCUAGCAGUCGAAAAGGAUUCUGUACAUGUAUUUUUGUACUGGACCGAUGAGGAUGGCCUCAGACAGUUGUUGACAUCAAGAUCUGUUGACUGGACCAGACGACUUUUGUUAGUGGCAUUCCCCCUCAGUGGUUUGUCUGUACUGAAAGAACACCUGGAGUUACAGGGUGUUCCAUGCCCUGCUGAUGAGGAUAUCUACCCGUGUGACACGGCCUACUACCUACAUGAAACAUGUUCCAGUGCGGACAAAGUGAAUGGGACUGACAAGGUGAGCGUAGGACCACUCAGACCUGAGCACAGCCAGCUUGUCAGUAGGACCUGGCUACAUGGGAACACUCCUGAAGCUGAGAAAUAUAUUCACUAUCAGAUCAGCACCUUCCCCUCAGCCUGUGUGUAUGAUGAAGAGGGAAACCCUGUAUCAUGGAUUCUGUUCAACUAUUAUGGUUCACAAGGGGUUGGCUACACACUACCAGAGCACAGAGGGAAGGGCUACUUUCAGCUGGCUUCCAAGUACCUCAUUAGCACCUGCCUUCAGAAAGGUUUUGUGCCGUUCCUCUUUAUUGAAGACUACAACGAGCCCUCAAGAAUCAUACAUAAGAAACUGGGGUACUCUUGGGUGGAGGCAGGGAGGUGUGCAUAUAUCCAUCUGAAUGGAAACAAGUCAUCUUAGUGCACUUGCUGCAGACAUUAAUGAUUUUGAAGACAUUGGUAGAAUAUUGUAACAAAAUCUCUCAUGAUACAACUUUACAAUACAUUAAUAUCAGAGAAAUGUGCUAAAGGGAUGUACUUUCCCUAACUAUCAGCCCUGCUCUUUCAGUAGCUUGGUCAAGCAUGAGGUUGUUUUAAACAUUUGUUAGGCACAUACGAAUGGCAACAGCCUUGAUCGACACAAUGGACAAGUACAUUAACUUGCAACAGUUCACAUCACAGAAUCCCAUGUAAAUGCAUUGAAUCAAAUUAUACAUAUAAUUCGUGGUAAGCUACUUCAUACAUUUUUCAAACUAUUAUGUCCUAGACUCUCAGCACCUACAGCAAAUGUGCUCAAUUCAUAAUUGCGUAUAUGAAAGCUAUUUAAUUUCUCUGUGAUAUGUAUGCUGGAGAAAUAAAUUUCGAAAA